AAGAGUAGUGAUGCAGCUUUUGUCAUCCCGUUGGUCUUCACCAUCGGUCUUCACCAAUGGUCUUCACAAGUGAUUAAAAGCUCUGGGGCGGUGGAUGUUAGAUGCUGCCGCCCGAAUUCCUGACCAGAUCACCGGAUGUCAUCAUCCUUCUGAGGCGGACAAACAUCUGGAAGACCGAGUGGUCCUCUGCAUGGGGGUCUGAGGAAGGACGCGAUUCUUCUGUAUCUAUGGAAUAAAACCAGCUUUAACAAACAUGUCGAUAAGAGAUGGGAAAAACAAAUGGGCUGCGGUCAGGGAUCGCCUGGGCUCCUCUCAGGACUCCGACACGCAGCAAGAGGCCAAUCUGGAGAGCGCUGAUCCAGAGCUGUGCAUCAGACUGCUGCAGGUCCCCACCGUAGUGAACUACUCCGGGCUGAAGCGUCGCCUGGAAGGCAGCGACCAGACGUGGAUGGUGCAGUUCCUGGAGCUGAGCGGGCUGGAUCUCCUCCUGGAGGCUCUGGACCGGCUCUCGGGCCGGGGAUGCUCUCGCAUCGCGGACGCGUUGCUGCAGCUCACGUGUGUCAGCUGCGUCCGUGCAGUGAUGAACUCGUCGGCAGGGAUCCACUUCAUCAUAGAGAAUGAGGGAUACAUCCGGAAGCUGUCGAAAGCCCUGGACACCUCUAACAUCAUGGUGAAGAAGCAGGUGUUUGAGCUCCUGGCAGCCCUCAGCAUCUUCUCUGCAGAAGGUCACUGCCUGGCUCUUGACGCCCUGGAUCAUUAUAAGGGCUUGAAGACUCAGCAGUAUCGCUUCAGCGUGAUCAUGAAUGAGCUGCAGGCCACGGAUAAUGUCCCGUACAUGGUCACACUCCUGAGUGUCAUCAACGCACUCAUCUUCAGCACAGACGAGCUGAGACAGAGAGACAGGAUGAGAAAGGAGUUCAUCGGCCUGCAGCUACUUGAUAUGCUCCCAAAAUUGAGGUGA